AUGAACAUGCAACUAUCCCAAAAUCAUUCUUUAAAUCCCCCAUUAUUGUUCCAUGAUGUCAUUCAUGGCAGCUCAUCAUUUUCGCUACCCAUUUCUCCUCGUCCUCCAAUGAACACCAUGGAUACCUCAACAUCAACUAUGGCAUCUCACACAGAUCAAAACCCUAGAGAAAACCAGACCUCCAUUGAACCUGAGCUUGAAGCAGAAAGCUUCAACAAAAGUGGUGAGAAAACAAGUAACAAGAAGCUCAACAGUGGAAGAAGAUACCUCGGGGUUCGACAACGGCCGUCGGGACGAUGGGUGGCCGAGAUCAAGAACUCAUCUCAGAAGCUGAGACUAUGGCUGGGGACUUUCGACAAAGCCGAAGACGCCGCCGUGGCUUAUGAUAACGCCGCCAGGGUUUUACGAGGGAAGAACGCCAAGACCAAUUUUCAGUACGAAGAAAACUGCAGGAAUCUGAUGUUAGGGAAGAUCAAUCCGAGGGUUUAUCAGCUUCUUAGGGUAACCAUCAUGAAGAACCAUGCAAGAUCAACAGCUUUGAAAAGCACCAUUAAUGGAAAGAACAUGGGGAGAAAAUUAGACCCUAAUAUUGCUGCUGCUGGUGAUUUCGAUACGGUUGUUGAAGAAACCAUAUUUUGUUCUUCAGAUGAUCAUCUUCACGAUGAAGAUGGUAACAGUAACAACAAGAACAAGAUUUGCAAGGUCUCGCUUGGGAAUUCUAAGGUGUAUUCUUCUGUUGUUGUUGCUCCUUCCUUUGGCUCUUCUUUGCAUCAAUAA